AUGGGUAUCGGCGUCCUCGACGUAAAGACGACAGACCACGUUCCAGGAACCGUGCACUUGGAACAUGUUACAGAAAGCGCUGCAGUCGACAACAUACUAAGCCCUCUCAAACAUGGUCAAGGCAAAGAUGGCAGAAUCAUCUUGACGCCGCAACCUUCGGAUGACCCGAAUGACCCCUUGAACUGGUCCUUCGCGAAAAAGCGUGCCAUUGCCUCGAUCGUGUACGCCGGCACGGUCAUUCAUUCAGCUACAACCGCGCCCCUUUUGCUAGCUGGCACUGUCCAGAUCGCUCAAGAUCUCAACAUAUCCGCGGCCAGCAUGGUAAAGCUCUCAUCCGGAUAUUACCUUCUGGCUGCGGGCGCUGCCUGCCCUUUCGUUGCUGCUUGCUCCCGAAAGUAUGGCAAGAGGCCAAUAUUCGUGCUUUCAUCAUUCAUGGCAGUCAUUGGCUCCGUGGUCGGCGCAACGGCGCAAGGAUACAACUCCUUGCUAACUGCUCGCGUAAUUCAAGGAAUUGCAUCGGCUGCAUAUGAGACUCUGGUGUUCUCUGCAAUUGGUGAUAUCACAUUCCUCCACGAAAGAGGUCCUCGUGUGGCAGCUGGGGUGUUCCUACUCAACGCCAUCGCCAAUAUUGUUGGCAUCAUCGCUGGCACUAUCACCACCAACUUAGGCUGGCGUUACAAUUUCUACAUGUUGAUCCCCUUUGCAGCUCUACAGGCUAUAUCAACAGCACUGUUUGUUCCAGAGACCUCAUACAUUCGCAGGUACGACUCCGAGAUCGAGCCAAAAGAUGGUACGAGCUGGUCAAGUCUCACCCGUCCUGAAGCGAAGUCAGCUUCCAAGCGUGCACUAGACGACUGUGGCGAGAUGUCGCAUGAUGAGCAUGUCGUACAGACGGCUGUCGAAUCUACCCCGAGGACAUGGUGUCAAGAACUACGACUGUAUAGCGGCACAUAUGUCAGCGAUCCGAUCUGGAGGAUUUUGAUCUCUUUUCCGGUCGUUCUGGUCAAUCUCGGCGCGACCUUUGCCGUUGUAUCUUGCGGACUCACGUUGUGCUGGCUCGCCGCAACCUUGAUACUAUCGUCUGUUCUUCUCACUGCUCCGCCUUACAACUUGACUUCUAGCCAGGUUGGAUACGCUUCGGUAGCUCCGGCCAUUGGUGCUCUACUAGCUGGACUGUUCAUGGGCCUCUGCUCGGAUCGCUGCAUUAGGAUACUUACCCGGCGCAAUCGUGGGAUUUACGAGCCAGAAUUUCAACUUCCGCUUACGCUCAUCGGCGUAGCAUGCGCAAUAUCUGGCAUGGUUGGGCUCGGGUAUACAUACCAGCAACGCACGUCACUCUACGUCGUGUGCGUAUGUUGGGGAAUAACGGCUUUUGGAUUGAGCUCAUGCAACACGACCUUCUUCAACUACGCACUCUCGGCUUUCCAUGAGUAUGGUAGCGAGAUUUUGGUAAUGUCAGCGUUAGUACGGAACUUCUUAGGCUAUGGAAUGUCUGUGUUCAUCGUACCGUGGGUGGAGCAGGAUGGCCCUAGGACAGUACUCUGUAGCUUGGGUGGUAUCAUGGCCUUUCCGGCGGUACUGGUCGUUGUGUUCUACCGUUACGGAAAGAUGUAUCGACUUGUGUGGCAUCGCAAUAAUUGGCUAAAGAAAUGGUAUCUCGAGUCAAGACCCACAGCACACGUCUGA